AUGCGUGGCGGCGGGGCGGGCGCGGCGACUGGCCGGCUCUCCACAGCCGCGGAACUGAGCGGGGCUCGCGAGGCGGCGGCGGCGUCCAGGGGCGGCCCGGGGGGCUCGGGCGGCGGCAGGGGCUCGGCGAGCGGGCCCGGGCCGGGCGGCGGCGGCGGCGGGCCCGCGGGCAGGAUGAGCCUGAGCCCCAAGGAGCUGUCGAGCCUGCUGAGCAUCAUCUCGGAGGAGGCGGGCGGCGGCAGCACGUUCGAGGGCCUGUCCACCGCCUUCCACCACUACUUCAGCAAGGCGGACCACUUCCGCCUGGGCUCGGUGCUGGUGCUGCUGCUGCAGCAGCCCGACCUGCUCCCCAGCGCGGCGCAGCGGCUCACGGCGCUCUACCUGCUCUGGGAGAUGUACCGCACCGAGCCGCUCGCCGCCAACCCCUUCGCCGCCAGCUUCGCGCACCUGCUCAACCCCGCGCCGCCCGCCCGCGGCGGCCAGGAGCCCGACCGGCCUCCGCUCUCAGGAUUUUUACCUCCUAUCACUCCGCCAGAGAAGUUUUUUCUUUCCCAGCUAAUGCUGGCACCCCCCAGGGAACUCUUCAAAAAGACACCGAGACAGAUUGCACUGAUGGACGUCGGGAACAUGGGCCAGUCCGUGGACAUCAGCGGGCUUCAGCUGGCCCUGGCUGAACGCCAAUCUGAAUUGCCGACCCAAAGUAAGGCCAGCUUCCCUAGUAUUCUCAGUGACCCCGACCCGGACUCCUCUAAUUCUGGAUUUGACAGCUCCGUGGCCUCUCAGAUCACGGAAGCUUUAGUCAGUGGACCGAAGCCGCCUAUUGAAAGCCAUUUCCGGCCGGAGUUUAUUCGUCCGCCACCUCCACUCCACAUCUGUGAGGAUGAGCUGGCCUGGCUGAACCCGACAGAGCCCGACCAUUCCAUUCAGUGGGAUAAGUCCAUGUGCGUUAAGAAUAGCACAGGUGUAGAGAUCAAGCGAAUAAUGGCCAAAGCCUUCAAAAGCCCCUUAUCUUCUCCUCAACAAACACAGCUCCUUGGUGAGUUGGAAAAAGAUCCCAAACUUGUUUAUCAUAUUGGCCUCACGCCAGCCAAGCUUCCUGACCUGGUGGAGAACAACCCUCUCGUCGCCAUAGAGAUGCUGCUGAAGCUGAUGCAGUCCAGCCAGAUCACCGAGUACUUCUCCGUCCUGGUCAAUAUGGAUAUGUCUUUACAUUCCAUGGAAGUGGUGAACCGACUGACUACAGCUGUUGACCUGCCUCCUGAGUUCAUCCACCUUUAUAUAUCCAAUUGCAUCUCUACUUGUGAACAGAUUAAGGAUAAGUAUAUGCAGAAUCGUUUGGUGCGUCUUGUGUGUGUCUUUCUCCAAUCCUUGAUCCGGAACAAAAUCAUUAACGUGCAGGACUUGUUUAUAGAAGUGCAGGCAUUCUGCAUCGAGUUCAGUAGGAUCCGAGAAGCUGCCGGCCUUUUCCGGUUGUUGAAGACAUUGGACACGGGGGACACGCCUUCCGAGACCAAAAUGUCGAAGUAGUAGUCAUCCGCACCACCCGUGUGCGGCUGGGCUGUGAUGUCAGUUUUACCUGCUAUACCCCUGAGUGGGUUGUUUGUUGUAAUACAUAAAAAACAACACUUUAGCUACUCAAAGCAAAGUUUUACUUUCCUGGGUGACUUUUUCCUUCAGAAGAAUUUUUGAUAAGAACUUGGAAAAAUGUCUUUAGGUGUCUUACAGAAGGAAUGGUUAUCCAAAAGAAAGAUUAUUGCAAAAAAGUAGGUGAGGUCCUUAGCACUAAAAAGCAAGGUGUUUUUGUUAAAACAAAUGGAGGCUGCUGAUUAAGUCAGGAAUCCAGCUUUCCUCAGGUUCCGAUGUUAAACGUGUUUAAUGAGAGAAAAUGAAGGCUAAGACUUGGUUGUACUGACCUUGAGGUGAAAUCAGUUGAAUGUUUUUGGGUCAAGUGGCAAACAGAAGGUUGAUCCUUGAACCCAUUACAAAGGUAACUCUUUAACUUCUCAUUAAGCAGAGUUUGAACCAAGGACAUACUUGUAACUUCAUCCUUGUUUUGAGGACUUAACAGAUAUAACAAGAAUAAAGUCAGUUCCUGGGCCUCUAUAGACAUGGGAACCCUUAGGAACCUCGGUCAGGGUUACAAUAGCUGGUAGUUUUCCGUUUUGUUUUUUUUCUCGAGAUGUUCUUUAGUUCUGUCAUUAGUUUAGGAUCGGAAUUUCUGAGGAGAAACAUCGUCUGUGCUUUGGGAAGGAAUCUCCCGAGGAAUCGCCCUGUGAGCUGCUUGCCGAGUGGGCUCUGCCCUCUGCUGGGGGUGCAGGGAGGGCGUCGUGUGGGCUCAGAUCCGCGUUAACUGGACAGCAGUGCCUUAUAUUAAAGUUGUUUUUUAUAAACUCUGA